AUGGCGGAUACGACUCGAAUGGAGGAGCUCCUGAAAAGGCCUCUCUAUGUGUACGACCUCCCGCCGGAACUUCUUGCGACUCUCACGGCCAAAACCACGAACCCUGUCACCGAAGAAGAGCCCGAGACAAACUCGGAAGACGCUGAACUCGCAGCGCAGGACUCUGCGAUCGCAACCUCUACCCUCUGCUCUCUCUGCAAGGUUUCCUACAACAAUGUACAGGAACAGCGCAGCCAUGUCCGCUCCGACCAUCACCGCUACAACAUCAAAGCCCAGCUGCGCGGAAAUGCACCUCUUGAGGAGAUCGAGUUUGCGAAAGCGAUUGGGGAACUAGACGAGUCAAUAUCGGGAUCGGAGUCUUCGGAGACUGAAGAGGAGGAGGCAGACACGGGCGCGAACACGACACUGUCAGCCCUGCUGAAAAAGCAGGCGAAGCUAUCCCAGACCAAUGAAGAAACAGAAACUGCUGUAACGAGCUCUCCGAAGCACCCUCUUUUCUGGCUGGCUAGUUCGGGUUUACCGUCAAACAAGUCCCUGGGCGUUUACAGGGCUAUUUUCUCGAAUGCUGAACAAGACGAGCCCGGUCAUCUGGUUGAGACUCUACAGCGCAAGCAGCUGGAACCUAUCAAGGCGCGCACGAAUAAUGCGAAUAAUGCCCCGGCUCCCGCCGCCUCUAGUCCUCACUUUUUUAUGUGCAUGAUCGGCGGUGGCCACUUCGCUGCUAUGCUGGUGUCUUUGGCACCGGAGAUCCACCGAAGACAAGGAGGUGUCGAAGAUAGACAGGCCCGGGUUAUUGCGCACAAGACCUUCCACCGAUACACGACACGACGAAAGCAGGGUGGUUCGCAAUCUGCAAGUGAUGCUUCUCGUGGCGCUGCCCAUUCGGCGGGUUCCAGUUUGCGCCGCUACAACGAAGCUGCUCUUGAGAAAGAUAUUCGGAAUUUGCUGUCGGAUUGGCACAAGGAGAUUGAUAGCGCCGAGCUGUUGUUCGUCCGCGCUACAGGAAAAACGAACCGCAAGAUUCUUUUCGAUCAAUAUGAUGGAAAUGUCCUCAAGCAGAAAGACCCUAGACUACGAGGAUUCCCCUUCAAUACCCGACGCGCGACUCAAGGAGAGCUUUUGCGAUGCUUCAAAGAGCUCACCCGUGUAAAGGUCAGCGAAGUCGAUGAAGCCGCAGUGGCAGCAGCGGAAGCCAAACGGCGCGAGGAAGAAUCAAAACCAGCCACGCCUCGCCCGCAACCACAACCACAGAAACCCAAGCUAUCAAAGGAAGAAGAGGCCGCCCUGCUGCACACAUCUCAAAUACAGGCGUUUAUCCGCCGUUCAAAGGUCCCCGCUCUCAUGUCCUAUAUCACAAACAACUCCAUACCCCCCACCUUCACCUUCACACCCGCCAACCAACCCCAAAACUUCCGCUGUCCAACACCUCUCCACCUAGCAGCAAACCUGAACGCCCCAGUGGUCGUCACAGCCCUCCUCACAAAAGCCCAAGCAGACCCAACGGCAACAAACAGCGAAGGCAGAACCCCCUUCGAGCUAACAGGAGACCGAGCCACUCGCGACGCCUUCCGCAUCGCCCGCCACGAUCUUGGCGAGUCAAAAUGGGACUGGGAUGCCGCAAAGGUGCCUUCAGCAGUAUCAAAAGCCGACGCGGAAAGUCGCGCUGAGAAGGAGCGGAAAGCUGCCGAUGAGGAGGAAUCAAAUAGGCGUAAGGCUGGUCUUGAUCGGUUGAAGCGCGAGGAUGCUGAGAGAGCUGCUGCUGAGCAUAAGGCUUCGUUGAGGGGUGGUCGGACUCUUGGGGCUGUUGUUGAGAAGUCUGCUGCUGAAAAGCGGGACGAGGAGACUAGGGGUAUGACACCUGAGAUGAAGAUGCGUUUGGAGAGGGAGCGGAGGGCUAGGGCUGCUGAGGAGCGGUUUAAGAGGAUGCAGGGGAACUGA